AUGGUUCUCUUCAAAGGGCACUCCAGCAUCAAGCAAUACCUCCCCAAGAAGCCUCACAAGUGGGGUUACAAAAUAUUCAUCCUUUGUGACUCCAGGGGUGUUGUACACUCUUUUGACGUGUACACUGGCCGCAUCGAUCAAGUGCCGGGUUUUCCUGACAUCGGGCCAAGUGGUAACAUCGUCAUAAAACUGGCUCAGUGCGUGCAGCCUCAACUGGGCCAUCUUCUGUACUUUGACAAUUGGUUCACGUCUCUGAAGCUUCUCGUGACUUUGGCACAAAGAGGCAUAUAUGCCCUUGGUACUGUGCGUGUAAAUCGACUGCAGGGUCGCAAGAUGGCCUCGGACACAGAACUCCGCAAGAGAGGACGAGGAAGUGCAGAAGAGUGCGAGGCAGUGGUGGAUAACCAGAAGGUGAUCGUUGUCAAGUGGUACGACAACCGAUCGGUGACCACCGCAACUCCACUCGAAAUGAAGAAGCGACGAGGACCCACGAGCCACAUCCCCAACGAGGACGUCCGCACGGACAGUACAGGACAUUGGCCGGUUGUCAAAGACACGAGACAGCGGUGCAAGAAACCUGGUCGCAAGGGACAUACCAACGUAAUGUGCAGCCAAUGCAACGCACAUCUUUGCCUCAACAAGAACACCAACUGCUUCUUUGAUUUCCAUCAGCCAUAA